UGUAACGGUUUUCUUGGACCAGUUGCAAAAUUGUUUUGCGAAUUUUCGUUACUAAUUUUAAUGGCAAAGCGCGUGAAAUUCCAGCGCCUGGCGGAGAUGCAGCCCACAAUGACGCACUUCUCCACGGUGGCGCUGAUUGUGUCCAAAUCCUCGCCGAACAUCUUCUACGACAAAAUGAGUGGCACCGAACGAGGAGUCAUCACCCUGACCAUCCGAGAUUCCCCCAAUCACCUGACCAAUUGCAAAUGCUGGGGCCAGCGGGCCUGCGUGGAUGAGUACGCGGCCAUGUUGCAGAUCGGCCAUGUGGUGGACAUUGUGGGCGCCAAAGUGAUGUCCAUACCGGAUGCUGCGCCCGGCGAGCAGCGUUACCAGCCGCAAGGGACGCUCUCCUGCGCCCUGGUGGUCAACGAAGGAGCCGGCUAUGUGGUGCGACACGACAGCGAAGACUCAGCCAACAUAAUGAUCCUUCAGCAGCUGCUCCAACGUCCCAUCAGACCCCUCGGCGCGGUCCUCAAGCUAUCGGAUGUGCGGGCCGGCCUUGGAUCACCCGAUAAGAUGAUCUCCUCCUAUGUGAAUCUGCUGGUGGCCGUGGCAGCAGUGCGUCCAGUGCGUCAGAUCAAGCGAAAGCUGUCUGCGGUCCACAGCAAGGUUCAGGAACUAUUGCACUGCCUAGAGGUCAUUGUGAUCGAUGCCAGCUAUCCGGAGGGCAUGCUGCUCUCCGUUUGGCAAGCCGACUGGAUACGACGUGCCCAGCAAUGGCAGCCACGUCGCACGGUCCUCCAUUUGGUCGACGUACGGGUGUCCUUCUCGGACUUCCACCGAUGUCCCGUGCUCUCCCAUUCGAAUUGCACGCUAAUUUGCGAAUAUCCCCAGGCGGCUGGCGAGGAUAGCCGCCUGUUGCUGGCCUUCGCCGCCACUGUGCCGCUCAAGAGCUUCGAUGGCUGCGCCCAGGCGGAGCUGGACAACCUGCCUGCAGCCGCCAGCAUUCAAGCCCAGAUGACGGUCAGACAGAUAUAUACCCGUGCCGAGGGCGACCUGCAGGAUGCCUCUAGCAAUCAAUUUACAGCUGUGCUUUAUGGCAUGAUCACCAAGUUCGACUUGGACGGACUGUCCUCCCACAUCAAUAGGAAGUGCACCGCCUGCCAGCGAUUCAUACCACGAAACCUGGAGGAUUGCGCCUGGGACUCCUGUCAGAUGGAGUUUUUGCUGGGCAGCGAUGCUCCCAGAUAUACCAGCUACUUCAAUAUCAACAUUCAGUUUUCCGACCAGACGGGCACCCUGGUCGAGACCCGGUUAGCUGGCAAACCGGCGGAACGGAUCCUGGGCCUCCAGGCGGAGGAGUUUGAGCGACUGACAGAACGUGACAAAAGCGAGCUGAAGUGGCGAUUCCUGCUGAAAUACUUUGAGGCAAGAUUGCUGGUAAAAAAGCCCACGGGAAUGCGAAAAAAUCUCGUUGUUGUGGUGGUCGAUAUGCAGGCCAUUCCUCUCCAGAAGCUGGCCGAGAAGGUGACCGUUUUCUAGAUGUAAGCCCAUUAAAAGACUGGCCAAAAAU